GAUCUUAAAUCGCUUCAACCUUACGUUACUAGCUUUGAUGAUGCAGGAGAACCUGUUCAAGACUUGGUCCUCAAUUUUCGCGUUUAUUCCAUCAAUAGCCAGACGUGGCCUCCAAAUACAACUUUGUCAUCGUCUCAAAUUCCAAUAAGUAAUGAGCACGGAAAGUUGAAUCUCGCAUACAAUCUUGGUGACUGUACGCGUCGAACUCUGUGUAAUCAAUUGGAAGUAAUUGAAAAUGGAAAGUUUAUCAAGGAUGGACAAUAUGAU